AUGCGUGCAUCACCAGCGAUAGCCUCCUCCCUAUCCCUCCCGCUCACAACCUCUUUUGCAGGAGCACAAACGCUCUGGUGGCCCUCUUCCACCUCCCUACCACCUCGAAUCGUACUUCUAUUCAUCCCUGGCAAUCCCGGUCUGAGUUCGUACUACAUCGAUUUCUUACAUUCCAUCUACAGCUCACCCCUCAUCAAAUCCGGAAUUGAAAUCUUAGCAGUCUCGCAUCGUGGGCAUGCGCCAUUACCCCGUGUUGGAACGAAUCCUAUUUGGGGAGGCAACGCCGCUAAUCAGGAUCAAGCAAGGAAAGGGUAUGGUGUAGGGCUGGCUGAUCAGGUUAGACAUAAGGUUGCUGUUUUAGACUCUCUCAACCGGCACUACAACGGGAGUGGGGAAGGUGGGGAGAGAAAGACGAAGGUGGUUGUGGUCGGUCAUUCAAUAGGAGCUUGGAUAGGGGGGGAGGUGUUAAAAGCGAGGCCUGAGGGUUUGGAUGGAUUGCAUAUGUUGUUUCCGACACUGGCUUGGAUCGGGAGGACGGCAAAUGCUACGAGGUUGAGGUGGGCAUUGAUUAAUCCCGUAUCGCAGAACGCAAUUCUGCCUCUACCUCUCCUCUUCUUCUCGCUACUUCCCUUAUGGUUGCUGGUAUGGAUAAUAAGCUUGGUUACGGGUCAACCGACAGCGGCGAGCUUGGCAACUGCUGAGCUGCUUACGACGCCGGGCGCAGUACAGAAGGCACUCAAUAUGGCUAAAGAGGAAUUCUCCACAGUAACUUCACUUGAACCUUCAACAAUAGACGCAAUUCGCACUUUCACCUCCGACACCUGCGGGGGGAGAGUAAGGAGCUAUUGGGCUGCUGAAGACUCUGAUUCCUGGGCACCCUCCUGGAUUCGAACGCAAGUAGAAACUGAAUUAGGACUGCAACGUGUCAAUCUUCCCCCAUCUUUAAACCUCAGCGGAGGGAAGGAGAGGAGAAAGUCGCAUGUCAGAACCCGGAGCUUCUCCGUGUCGGAACACCGGUCUAGUCCGGGCAGCAUACCCGAUCUACGCAAUGCAAAAGCGAUUCGAAAACCAAUGGGUGAGAUCGUUAUCGAAGCGCAGGUGGUCGAACCUAGCGAUACGGAGGGAGAGGAGAGUGGGUCGGUGGAAAGAAGGAGAGCGGGAGGAGGUAACGGGGAAGCAAAGGGAAUGGAAUAUCAUUAUGGCCGCAACAGAGCUACUAGUACACAUUGUAGAAUUGGGAUGCCUCAUGCAUUUUGUCUGAAGCAUUCGGAGGACAUGGCCAAGAUCAUUGCUAGUUGGAUUGCGCAAGAUCACUUGAGGGAGGAGAACGGUGGGAAGCAGUAA